AUGGACUUAACACUGAUCUUUCUAGCGCUACAUGUCCUAUCCGUGUUGCCAUCUGCGUAUGCAUGGACGUUCGUUUGGCGCAAUGCAUCAGACAACGCAUUCGUGGAACAUGACCAGCAGCCCAUGUCAUGUAAACAGAUAAACAAUGCACAAGGAGAACUCUUCGAGUGGGACUCUGAAGAUGGGCCUUUCGCCAUCUCUCUCUAUGCGAACACAGACUGUUCCGGUUCGCCGGGGGGCUACGCAACACACAUCUUCAACAAGAACGCCAGCAAGCCGAUACUUUCAUUCAAAGUCGAUUCCACCGCUACAACGACGACCUCUGCUUCUUCAACAAGUACCACGUCAAUAUCUAGUCCCACCACUUCGAGCACUGCCCAAACCCCGACAGCCCCUGCUGCAACUGCGUCACCCUCCUCGUCUCCUUCUUCGUCCGGGGAUGCAUUAUCUGGUGGAGCCAUCGCAGGCAUUGUGAUCGGGGCAGUCGCCGGAGUUGCGAUAACUGGAGGUCUUUUAUUCUUCAUGGGUCGGGCAAAGCGCCAAAAAGUAAACCCUGAUACCGGCCCAAGUAUGGCUUACACCGACCCCUCGUUCAGGUCCCCAUCGUCGUACACUUCACCUUCCUCGCUGGGUCCUGGAUUAGCUGCUCUGGAGGCACAAAAGCCACCACAAGCUCGUGCUGCACCAGGUUCAGGUACGGGUCCUGUUCGGGUGGUCGAGCUUCAGGGUGAUACCACGGCGGCUGAGUUGAGCAAUGCUCAUGUGGUGAAUGAAUUGGAAAGCCCUGUCAUGACUAAGUCCCCACUGAAACGAGGAUGGGAUUGA